CCGCGGGGCGCGAGGCGGGCGCUGUGGGUGAGCCCCACUUCCCAGCCGCGCACUCUGUGGGCGGGGAGGUGGAGGAUGGAAGUGGGCUUAUCGGCCAUUACAUUCUAUCUAGCCAGCGCCAGCAGCCCUGUGGCGGCGACGACGAUGGACCGGGAGCCCGGGAGCUGUGGGGAAGGAGAAGCAGGCGCAGCGUCGGGAGCUGCGGCCGCCGCGGCGUUCAGGGACCCGGCGCGGCAGAUGAGUAAUGAAAGAGGCUUUGAAAAUGUAGAACUGGGAAUCAUCGGAAAAAAGAAGAAAGUCCCAAGGAGAGUCAUCCACUUUGUCAGUGGUGAAACAAUGGAAGAAUACAGCACAGAUGAAGAUGAAGUUGAUGGCCUGGAAAAGAAAGAUGUUUUGCCUACUGUUGAUCCGACAAAACUUACCUGGGGCCCUUACUUAUGGUUUUACAUGCUUCGUGCUGCCACAUCAACCCUCUCAGUGUGUGACUUUCUUGGUGAGAAGAUUGCAUCUGUUUUGGGCAUCAGCACCCCAAAAUACCAAUAUGCCAUUGAUGAAUAUUACCGGAUGAAGAAGGAGGAAGAAGAAGAAGAAGAAGAAAACAGGAUGUCUGAAGAAGCAGAAAGACAAUACCAACAGAAUAAACUGCAGGCUGAUUCCAUUGUUCAAACAGAUCAACCGGAAACAGUGAAAAGAGAUUGAGUUUAUAACACCAAAUAUUAAGGUGGGUUUCCAUUUUUUUAAUACAGAUUACUUAAUCUUAUAUUCUCUUUCCAGUAGUUUAUACACAUUAAUAACUAGCAUUGAAAAUAAUGUUAAAAAUACUAGUUAUUGAAUGUAGUUGUUUUCAAGUGGUAUUACACCUACUGAUUAUCCACUUGGCAUCCUGGUUAUGUCACUCAUUCAGCUGAGUGCCUCCUAUAAGCCAGUUAGUUGCAGAGAAGGGGGUGGGAUUGGGGGAACCAAUGAAGACUUAACCCUUCAGAGGCUCACUGUUAAAUAUUGAACAAGGUGCAAUGAUAGCAUAAUGAAGGUACUUGUCAUUCACCACUUCAGAGUAAUAACAAAGUGGCAGUUUAUCUGACCCAGACUGGCCAUCUCUCUGCCCAGUGUGCUAUUUACAAAAUAUGGUAUGAAACUUAAUUUUGAAAAUAUUCCUAAAUGUGUGUUCAGAAUCUUGAGAUAUCUGUAUGACUUUGAUUUAUAACUAAAUAUGAGUAAGGAAAAAUGGGGCAUAUUUCAGACAGUGCUGCUCUUAAAAGCCUAUUCACAAACUUAAAGAGCUUUUAGAAAUUAAUGGUUAUUAAUAGCCAUCAAAACAGCAUUAAGCUGUCAAUCUUAAAUGAUCUAUAUAAAAUACAGAGAAACUUGCAACAUACAAUGGGCCUAUUAUGGAACUUUGUUGUCAAUGAACAUCUAACAACUAGUUUGUUUUUUAACUGAAAUUUGAAGGAUUUGUGAAAGAUAAUUAAGAAUCUUUGGUUACAUGGGCUCAUGGUGUGAUGGUUCAUGGCAUAUGCUAGAUAUCUUUUUAGUCAUGAGUGUAAACUAUAUAAUUUAGUGCUUAAAGGAAUAAUCAUAAGAUUAUGUAAUUAAUGUCAUUGUAAGUUAUAGUUUACCAGUAGCUCUAAAACAUGCUAACCUGACAUUUUCCUUCAAUUUUUUAACUUCGAAAUAGUACCUCCAACUCAGAUAGUUAUCCAGUGAAGGCAUGCAUAUCUAAAGGUGAUAUGAAUCUUCUCUCCCUAGAGAUGCUAUAUCUAAAAGAAAACUAAAACCUUUUCUGAUUACAGUAAAAGGAAGAUGAUGACUUAUGAAGGUUUGACGUUUCUUGAAUUUUACUUUAUUUGUCCAAGAGUGGCCAGUUUGUAUUGUUAUAUAGUUAUACACUGUGCCUUAAAAUUUUAUAUUUUUAUUUAUGCAAAUUAUAAAAUUUCCCAUGAAUG